AUAUUAGAAUAGACUAUGUGUUGAUAUAGUAUUGUGUAAGAUAAAAGAUAUCGUUAUCGUCUUAUUACUAUUUAUUGUCGUUAUCUCUCUAUUUAGUAGUAUAUCAAUAAUACUAUAGAAUGAUAUUUACGUUUGUCUUUCGAACGUCAAGGAAAUUAUUAAAGCUACCUGCUGCAAGAAAGAAACAUAUUAGAAAUGUGCAUUUUAAAUUUUACCCAAAUACAAGGUCGCUUGUAUCAGAGCGUAAGACCGAAAAAUUGAAUAUGUAUCAAGCUAUAAAUCAAGCUUUGGACAUUACUUUGAAAAAGGACACAUCCGCAGUAAUAUUCGGCGAGGACGUUGCAUUCGGUGGUGUAUUUCGUUGCACCGUAGGACUUCAAGAACGUUAUGGUUCCGAUCGAGUAUUCAACACCCCAUUAUCCGAACAAGGUAUCGCAGGUUUUGGUAUAGGUUUGGCGAACUGCGGUGCAACCGCCAUUGCAGAAAUUCAAUUUGCUGAUUAUAUAUUUCCUGCAUUUGAUCAGUUAGUUAAUGAAGCGGCAAAAUGCAGAUACAGAAGCGGCGGAAUGUUCGAUUGCGGAAAAUUAACGAUUCGUACACCUUGCGGUGCGGUAGGACACGGAGGACUUUAUCAUUCUCAAAGUCCAGAAGCUUACUUCGCUCACACGCCUGGAUUAAAGAUCGUAAUACCACGAGGACCCGUACAAGCGAAAGGACUUUUAUUGAGUUCCAUUGAGGAACCAGAUCCUUGUAUAAUCUUCGAACCAAAGGUCCUUUAUCGUACAGCUGUUGACGAGGUACCAGUUGGACAUUAUAAAAUUGAAAUUGGUAAAGGAGAAAUAGUAAAAGAAGGAAAAGAUGUGACUCUCAUAGGAUGGGGUACGCAGGUGCAUGUACUAUUAGAAACAGCCGAUAUCGUCGAAGAAAAGCUCGGUGCAUCUUGCGAGGUGAUAGACCUUCUUUCCAUUAUACCUUGGGAUGCAGAACUAGUUUGCAAGUCCGUGAGGAAGACCGGACGUGUCAUCGUUGCGCACGAAGCACCAAGGACCAAUGGUUUUGGGGCGGAAAUAGCGGCUCGUAUUCAGGAGGAAUGUUUCUUAAAUUUGGAGGCACCGAUUAUGAGGAUCACCGGUUGGGACACACCAUUUCCACACAUUUUCGAGAAUUUAUAUUUACCGGACAAAUGGCGUUGUUUCGCCGCAGUUAAAAAGAGCCUUGACUAUUGAAAGAUCGCCUCCGUCUAUGAAUGUGGAUGAAAGGCUGGAAUAAAUGAGGGAGAAAGGGAGUUUAGAACUCUCUGGGUACCACCCAUCGAAGUGAUACGUGUGUCUUUCAAACUCGAAAUGAAUUCCGUGACAUCGAUUUUUCGUAUUUGCGGCAUAUGUGCCUAUACUUACAUUGCCACAGUUACAUCGGCUUGUCACGUGCUCUUAGACCGGUCCCGCGACAAUUUGAUCGUAUCAUGCUAGUUCUCUCUCUAUCUAUCUAUCUCUCUAUUUCUAUUUCUAUAUUUAUCUUUAUCUCUUUUUCUAUCUAAUGUUUGCACCCUUUCUGAUCGUAUCAAAGAACGUGAUCUCUUUCUCCUUUGACAUGGAUAACAAUCGCUUAGAUUUUAAACGGAUCCCUCGACGGAUCCAUUUUUUUUUUUUUCUUUUUCUUUUCAAUCGUAACAAUGUCGUCGUCGGCGAUAUAUUAAUAUAUAUUAAUAUUAAGAUAUAACAAUAUUAAGAUAUAUUAAUAUAUAUCGUUACACCCAAUUGGUCGAGAACGUUUAUUUAAUAACGAGUAAAACUUUUAUAGACUUGUAAAAGAAUUCCCGCAAAUUGGUAUGUAUAAGACGCCGUCGCCGUUGCCGUUGCCGUUGCCGUUGCCGUUGCCGUCCCUUCCACCCUCCUCCCCCCGAGGGCAGGCAAUUGGAUCGGCAGGUAUUUGGAUAUCUCUAAACGCGGAUCGUACGAUUACGUACGAGAGGAAAAAAAACGAUACUCAGUUCGGCAGGCAUUAAUUGUUAUCGAUAGGUUUUUGCUUAAAAGAGUUAUAUAUAUAUCCCUGGCCCAGUUUAGUCCCGACCAAAUCCACAUAAAUCCUUUCGCGUUUAAUUUAAUGAGACGAAGAAAGACGAUACGCCGGGCGUUGAUGGCGACGGUGAUGUUAACGAGAGAUCAAGAAAGGGGAUUCGGAGGAGGGGGGAUUAAGAAGAGAAGGGGGAGACGGAAAGAGAGAUCAAGGGGGAGCGCCACGACGAACCGAUAUAUUCAUAUUUAGAAUGGUGUAUAUCCAUACGAUAUAUGGGAUAAAUCGGGUCAAGUCCGUCUUUCGUCCGCGGUAAAACGAAGCGCACAGAUCUUAGCGACCGUCGUAACGCAAUAUUUUAAUCAAGGCUUCGCUCUCUUGGCCGCCGCCGCCGCAUUCGAAAGCCGAUCGAUCGAUCGAUCGUCUCUUAUCUAAAAAAAUAAAUAAAAAAAAAAAAAAAAAGAAAAGAAACUAUUGUUAUAGUUAUUUCGAUUUUUUCUAAAUGUUAUUCUUGUUACGAUUGAACUGUUCAAACGCGAAUUAAAUCGAGACAAGUAAUGAUUCCCCAUGAUUUGAGAACCGAAGAAUCAACAUCCUUCUUGAAAUUUUCUCAUACGCAUUUGCAAUUUGUUUAAUUAUUAAUCGUUACGGAAGAAAGAGGGUAAUAGCAUUGAGAAUAUUCGAAAUUGUGAAGGAAGUCCGUAACGUGGCUUGUUCGUGUAACGUAUUUUGUAAUUUGAAAGGGAAACCACAUUCUUUCACCGCGUAUUAUGAUACGUGAAAGUUAGCAACGCAGCGCCUACGGUGUGAUGCAGUAGGUACAUUGAAGAGAGACGAAGAGAAUGGCUAGACAGAAAGAGAGAGAGAGAGAAAGAGAGAGUAAGAAAGAAAAAGAGAGAAAGAAAGAGAGAGAGGUGAUCGUUGCUGUGAGACAUGGACUAUAUCGAAGGUCGACCUGUUGCCUUUUUAUUUUGUUGAUUUUUGCAGGAAUAGAGCAACUGUCCUCUCUCUCUCUCUCUCUCUCUCUCUUUCUCUCUUAUUCUUUUAUAGAUCAGUUAACAUAUGGUACAGACACAUAUGCGGACGUUAAUAUUCGUCCAGUUUUGGUUAGCACGAAAUUGUUCAGUCACCUGAACGGAUCACCCUUGAGAAGCUUCGUUCCUCCUAUCGUGUUUGUUUCCUCGUUUCAUUCGAAAGAUUCGAAAGGGAUCCACCGAUCUGGAACGAUCGCGCAACCGAUUUCGACGAAUCUCUUGGAUGGAUCUCUUCCAAACAAAGAGAAAGAGAAAGAGAAAGAGAGAGAGAGAGAGAGAGAGAAAGGUAGAGAAAGAGUAAAAAUCGUAUGAACAAACCUGAUACCUUUGGAUUCAGACAAAGAAUAGAGAAAGGGAUGGAGAAAUUGAAGAGGAAUGAAGUAAACAAAGAACGUAAAAUAAAAGUAGAUUUAAUUAAAAAAAAAAAAAGAAAAAAAGAAAGAGAGAAACACAUGUAUUAAUCCGUUAGACAUCUUUGAUGGUGUUAAUUCAAAUCGUUCGAUCUUUGAUUUUAAUUUCCACGUGUCAAUGUCACGCAAGUGUUAUCCAUUUUUAAAAAGAAUCAAUUGCUCGAGUACAUGAGCACGAUGACGUAUAUUAAUUGAUUUAUAAUACGUACACACCUACAGUCGUCCCAAGCUUUAAUUAUUUCGAUUAUUUUAUUUUUCAUUCAUUUCGACAGAUGUUAUUUAUGCGUUACAUACGUACGCCUAAAAGGAACUUUCUUCGAUUAUUUUUCUUUUUUUCUAUUAAUCUGUUUUACUCUCACUUACACAAACAAUCAAUGAGAUCAAAUCGCCAAUGGAGUAUUUACGAGCUAUGAAGCGAACUGUGAAACGAUAGAUUUUAUCUUUUAUUUUCGUUGCGUAAUUUUUUACUUUUUAUUUUUCUCUCUCUUUUUCUUUCUCUCUUUAUCCCUCUCCUUUUUUUCCCUCUCGUUAAUUUCAAUUUUAUCUUCAGGCUGCGCCUUAUCUUCGUUACUAAGUGUUACCAAAAAGAAAAAAGAAAAAGAAAAAAGAGAUACGAUCAUAUUACUUUAUUAAUAUUAAUCAAAGUAUUUCUUUCUGUCGUCGCCAUUUUUUUUAUUUCCUCUCUUAAAAAUAUCUGUCGUAUUAUUUUCACCGAUGUCCUCAUAGCGCAUUCUUUUUUUCUUUUUUUUUUUUUUUAUUCUUUCCUUUUCCUUUCCUUCCUUUGUCUUUUUCUUUAUCUUUUCUUUUUCUUCUCUCUUUUCAUUCUUCUUUUCUCAAGUUGGUGAUCGACAAACGUAAUAGCGCGUGGUAUAUUACGAAGGCAGGGAUUAGAAAGAGAAAGAAAGAGAGAGAGAGAGAGAGAGAGAGAGAGAGAGAGAGAGGGAGAAAGAGAGAAAGAGAGAGAAAGCCGAUUACAAACAGCGGACUCUCCAGAGGAAUUUAUGUAACUUUGGAACAAACGACUUCUUUGUCUCCUCUUAAAUCGUCGCCCGUGAUUAUCGUGAUUAGCAAUUGGCAAUUAAGAGCCUUGGUAUUUUCCGGUAAACGUCGUUGACUGGUUACCAUCAUUAGAACAAGAUACAGGGAUUUCCUUCUUAGACGAAGAGAUAAAACUCUAACAAGAAGUUCAAGAAUAUAUGUAGGGUGAAAUAUAUAUAUAUAUAUAUAUAUACACACACACACAUACAGACAUAAGUGUAAAUGUGUAUAAAGAGAGAAAAGAGUUGGACUCGUCUAGGAUCCUAAAAAAAAAGAAAAAAGAAAGAAAGAAAAAAAGGGAAAAGGAAAAAAAGAAAAAAAAUACAUUUUGUGGUAUCUUGAUUAGCUCGAGUUUUACUUCGAGAAAGUCAUUAGUAUCUUAAAAGUUGCGAAAACUAUUUAAAAAUCGUAAAUAAUUUCUCAAUGUGCAUUCUAAUAAGAAAGAAUAAAUGAUUAAAGAAAAAGAGAAAAAAAGAGAGAGGGAGAGAGAGAGAGAAAAUAUUAAAUAAAGAUAUGUAUAUUAGUUAUAUCGAAUUAUAAUGUUCACCUACAAAUUGAUAAAUCGAUUAUAUUUUCAUGUGUUUCAAUUUUUUCUAUAUUAUAAGACUAGGUUUUAAUUUCUCUGUCUCUUUUCUUUUUUUUUUUUUUUUUUUUAACUAAUAUGGCCGGACCGAUUUCUUUUUUUUUUUUUUUUUUUUAACUUAUAGAAGGGUAUCACGAUUAGGUCAAUAGAUAAUAAUAGAUUUCAAAGUAGAAUACACUACUCACAGUUUUCACGAUGCAUAUUGGCAUCGUUAUCAUUACUGGCAUGAUCUAUAUAACAUAUAUAUAUAUAUAUUCCUACGUACUUAUAUAUAAAGAUAUAGAUAAAGGUAGAUAGAGAUAGAUAUAUAUAUUUUUUAUAUUACAUAUAUAUAUAUAUAUAUAUAUAUACACAAUAUAUAUAGUGGCAUUUUAACGUGUUAUCCGACACGUGGGCAUGCGCGGAAGGCGUGAGCGACAAUUUCGUCGAGUCGGAGAACGUACGAAAGUAUUACGCUCACUUACGUUUCUGUAUAUAUACAUAUAUAUAUAUAUAUAUAUAUAUAUUUAUAUAUAGACUAUGUACAUAUGUGAAAUACAUUAAAGAUCCUUGUGACCCCUUAGUGGCCAUUCUACAUUGAAUAAACUGGAUUUAAAAAUGAAA